ACUCGGUUCAACAGCUGGUUGAACCCUCUCCUCGGUGAACCAAUAAGACGCUGCGCUCUUAUCGGCACCGAAAAAAAAGUCCUCACAGUCGCCAUGAUAUAGCAGCGGAAACGGAGAAGAAGUAGCUAGAAAACAAAAGAGAACACGCAGUUGUCCUCGCGAAUUGGUAUGCUCUUGCAGUGUUAUAGGAAUGCCCAAGGAAAAAUAUGACCCGCCGGAUCCCAGGCGGAUGUACACAAUUAUGUCCAGCGAGGAGGCAGCAAAUGGGAAGAAGUCAUACUGGGCUGAGCUGGAAAUCAGCGGCCGAGUAAGGAGUCUCAGCUCAGCCCUGUGGUCUCUCACCCACCUCACUGCCCUACACCUCAGUGACAACUCACUGUCACGCAUCCCGCCAGACAUUGCCAAAUUACACAACCUGGUGUACCUGGAUCUCUCAUCCAAUAAGAUCAGGAGCCUGCCAGCAGAGCUCGGCAACAUGGUAUCUCUCAGGGAAUUGCUUUUAAAUAACAACCAGUUGCGGGUUCUGCCAUUUGAGUUGGGGAAACUUUUUCAGUUACAAACUCUUGGGUUGAAAGGAAACCCACUUGCACAAGAAAUAAUGAGCCUCUACCAGGAACCCGAUGGCACACGAAGACUGCUCAGCUACUUGUUAGACAAUCUGGCAGGUGCUAUUAAACGCAUACCAACAGAGCAGCCUCCAGCCCGGUCAUGGAUCUCACUCCAGGAACCAGAACGAACGCGCUCCUCAGCAUUGUUCUCUGUGAUGUGCUACAAUGUGCUGUGCGAUAAGUAUGCCACACGACAGCUGUACGGCUACUGCCCCUCCUGGGCUCUAAACUGGGAGUACAGGAAGAAAUCCAUCAUGCAGGAAAUCAUGGGUUGCAACUCAGACAUCAUCAGCUUGCAGGAAGUUGAGACGGAGCAAUACUACAAUUUCUUCCUGCCGGAGCUGAAAGAGCAAGGAUAUGACGGGUUCUUCAGUCCAAAAUCCCGAGCCAGAACUAUGUCGGAGUCUGACCGUAAACAUGUGGACGGGUGUGCAAUUUUUUACAAAACAGAGAAGUUCAGCGCCGUGCAGAAACACACGGUAGAGUUCAACCAGCUGGCCAUGGCAAACUCCGAGGGCUCUGAGGCCAUGCUCAACAGGGUGAUGACAAAGGACAACAUUGGAGUCGCUGUACUGCUCGAAGUCCGCAAAGAGAUGAUGGAGCUGUCCUCUGGUAAGUCGCUCCACGGCAUGGAGAAGCAGCUUCUGCUGGUGGCCAACGCCCACAUGCACUGGGACCCAGAAUACUCUGACGUCAAGCUGGUCCAGACCAUGAUGUUCCUGUCAGAGGUGAAGAGCAUAGUGGACAAGGCCACACGCAGCCUCAAGUUGUCAUCUGUCUCUGGUGAGACCAAUGCAAUUCCACUGGUGCUGUGUGCUGACCUCAACUCUUUGCCAGACUCUGGUGUCGUGGAAUACCUGAGUACUGGUGGCGUGGACUGCACCCAUAAGGACUUCAAGGAGCUGCGUUAUAGUGACUGCCUGACCAAAUUCAACUGCAACGGCAAGAACAGCACGUCGAACGGCAGGAUCACCCACGGCUUCAAGCUGAAGAGCGCCUACGAGAAUGGCCUGAUGCCUUAUACCAACUACACCUUUGAUUUUAAGGGUGUCAUCGACUACAUUUUCUACUCCAAGCCUCACCUGAACGUGCUGGGGAUCCUGGGACCGCUGGAUCCCCACUGGCUUGUUGAAAACAAUGUCACCGGCUGCCCCCACCCCCACAUCCCCUCCGACCACUUCUCCCUCUUUGCUCAGCUGGAGUUGCUCCUGCCCAACAUACCCUCCCAGGUCAAUGGGCUUCACCUGCCUGCGCGCAGGUAGUUAGACCCUGCCAUACCACUAGGGGGAGCUGCAACCACAUCUCCCUCUCAGUUCUGCUCCCUCCCUGUACCAGCUCUUCUCUCCAGCAUGCUGGAGGAGAAAGACACACACACACACACCUACACAAACCCACACACACAAAAACCUGUAAAAUAUUCGUACAGUGAGGUCUGGCUGACAGGGAUUUCGUAUAGAUACUCUAUAUUUUUCUUUAUGUUUUUCUUUUUAUGUUCUUUUUUAACUGCUUGAUUCAGUCCUGUUUGUGUAUCAUAUUUUGUGUAUUAGACUCCUCAUCAGAUCCACCCCCCCACCUGCUUUGCUUCUGUCUCAGACUGCAGAGGAUGGUGGCUCUUGCAGCUUCCUCUCAUGUUGCGCUGUGAGGUUUCGGAGUCAGAGGAAAGGUUAACGUUGCAGAAAAAAAAGGACAUUUAGCUGAAAAGCUUCAGAGCUGAAGGUCUGCCGGUCUGUCUGUCCUGUAUAAACCUAAAACCAGCAAAGACAGCAGACCUAUCCCUUUCAGACCUGCACCACUGGCUUCUUCUUGUCCUUCGGGUCCAACCGUUCUUGCUUUAGCGGGGGUUAGAGCAGCUUUUCGACAGGUUUCUCUGGAGUGAUGCAGCUCACGUGUGCAUGUGUGGGGGGGUUUGAUGCUGUCGUUCUGUGGUGCUGAGGCCUUUUAUGAGGUCAUGGCCUCCUGUGGUGCUACAAGACAGUCUACACCUCCCAACCCUUGCACAUUAACCCCACAAGAAGCCCGGAGAACCGGAACCCUACAUUUGUCCGAUUUCACCGACGCUAUGUAGCUUUAAAGAAAGAUGGGAGAGCGCAGCUGCUAUCCAUUCUGCAGACUAUUUCACCCCCCGCUUGUAUAGUCAUUAGGUUAUUCUUGUGCUAGGAGCUUACGUGGCCUAUGUAUCAACUUUUUUUUUCCUGGAAGGAGCAAGGGAUUCGGCAGACUGGCCGAUCUAUCGGGGAGCCGUCACAAUCCUCUGUGGGUUGCGAUCGCUUUUUUAGGCAGAGAUGGACACACCGGAGUAAAACCAGCAUUCUUCUCACUGUCAGGAGUUGCCGUCCUACUCCAAACAUGCAAGCGUACAUGCACUCGCAUACACAAAAAGAUCACUCACAGGCAGAUUCUGUAGCACUGUCUCCAAGGCCAGUAGUGACUUUUUCUUUUCCCCCAGCCAUGCGUUCCGUUCACAGAAGCAGUGGGUUGUUAGUUUUUUUUCCACAAGUCUUUGUACAGAAUAGAAACCUAGACUCAGUCUUUACAUGAUUGUAUAUGAACCACAAAAGACCUGUUUUCUGGCGUUUUUUGUACAAAGAGUAAAUUAUGGUCAAAUUUGAAAAAAAAAAGAGAAAAAAAAGAUUGUAUUGUAAACUAAGGCUAAAUUUUUAUCCAGUUGAUGUUGAGAUGAAUUGAUAUUACCAGCUUGUACAAAAGACGUAAGAAGAGGUUGUUGCAGGCAUUCGCUGCCACGACUUUGCACUCCCUAAACAUGAACUGUAAUUUCAGUUUUGCCCCCCCUCCUCCUUUUUACCAUCUCUUGAUUCGCUGACUGGUCGCUAUGGUGUAAAGUAAAUUCUGCUUCUUAUUCAUUAACGACGCCAUUUUUUUUUUUUUUCAUCCUUCCACCUCGCUGCCAUUAGUUUGGUCCAAAUGACAUCCGAGGACGAGUACCAUCUGUUUAUCAUUUAAGUGGUCGAUAUACAUCCAGCCCCCCCCAUCACCUCACCAAUGUACAUCGUGCCUCACUGUAGCAGUUGACUUUGUCUUGCACUAUUUAUAAGCGGCGAACGCCUCAACAACCUUUUCUCUUUUUAUUUUUAAAUACUGUUGAGACAUUUGUGAAGAUUUUAUGUCCUUUUUUUUUUGUUAAUGUUUCCUUUUUUAUGAGAUGUGACAAUGUUAUAUAUACAUAUAUGAAUAUAUAUAUAUACACAUAAACUCUCUCCAUUGACCUCUCUAGUAAUCAGGUAUGCUUUGUCCACUGACCCUUUUCUGUAAGGAACAUGAGUGGGGGGGCAUCUUAAAACUCCCUCUUUGAUUGCUGUGCUCCCUCUUUGUACCUAAAGCACUGCUCCCCCCCCCAGUUCCAGCCCUCGGCUUCCUUCCCGGCCACGUGAACCCCCCCCAACCGCACCACCGAUCAAACCGCGUCUUUGUAAAGCCCCUCACCCAACCACUUUGUAUAGGUUUUCUACUCUUGUCACUGCAGCUAUAGUGCCAUUUGUGGAGCCCCCUACCUCUGCGAUGGAAAAAGGUGGAAAGGCCCACUUUUUCUCUUCUCUUUGUGGGGGGGGGGAUUUAAAAAAAAAAGAUAAAAAUAGGAUGAGGGUCAGUGAGCUUUCCCGUCAACACGUCGCUGCGAAUCCAAUUUGUUUUAUUCUGAAAAUCCAAGUGAAAGCAGCAGCAUCACCGUUCGAGCGGCGAUGCGGAUGAGCACUUAUAAGAUUCAGAAGCAGCUUCCCUCAUUCCUCUUAUAUUAAUGACUAAAAUCCAUCAUUUUGUUACAUUUUUAAGCAAAGAUACAGGAAAAAUAACCAAUUGGAACCCCCCUGACUUGCAUUUAUUAUUGUUGUUGUUUUAAUUGCCCCUUUACCCCCGCACCCCAGUGGUAACCGAUGUGUUCAAUUUUGACAUUUUGUUUCUUGAAUGGCAUUAGUAUUGUAGUAGAUUUAAAGGGGUAGCUUUUUUUGUAAAGUGUGAAUAAAAGAUGUAUCUCAUGUUUCCUUUCUAAAAGAUGUUGGAUUGUGUUGUUGUGUAAAUCAUGAAUUCUUUGAUGCAUUGUUUUUAACACACCCCGACCUACAUAAAAACACACACGAGCGCCAAACUGCAUCUCUAGAAAUCAUGUCGUCUUGAUGGAUUGUUCCUCCUGAAAAAUGAGUUUCCUAAAAUCACUGGUAUUAGUUAAACAUCCACACACGCCCCUCUUUUUCCUCCUUUCGUCUUUCUUUUCCAUGUUUGCAUGGCACCAGCUGUAGAGCGCUCGUGCCCACAGGCGAGGGCAGCAGAGCUGUCUUAGCGCAGUUGGUUUCUAAGGAAACACUGUUUUGACAGGUGUAAAACGUGUUUGUACAGCAAAGCUAAUGAUGUGCAACUAGACUGGUUCUGUGAUUUUUCUUUUUUUUUCUAUUCCUCCAUCGCUUCUUUAAAUCUCACAAUUUGACCCCUGUUUCUCUUACAUUUUUUUGGUUUUUACACAUUUAUGUAUUUUUAUCAAAUCAGCUGAAUUAUAGAAGCCAACAGCUUUAGUGUGUGGUUCUUUUUCUUUAUUUUCUUUUAUUUUGUGGCUUGUUAGGUGUAGAAAUGUCUCUUUUUUUCCAGGCUGCAUCUCCUCGUCACGGUGCACACCAAAGUUGCUUGUAGUUCGGCUAUCAUUUCCUUCACACCAAACAUUUGUUUCUUAAAAAAAAAAGAAAAAAAUCAAAUGUAGGGCUGUCAGGAAAAAAAAAACAAGGUACUUUUGUCCCUCUUUUUUUUUUUUUUCUUUUUACUUCGUCCACAAUUGCGUUGUUCUCUGCCAUUUGUUUUAGUUUUCCAACCCAACAACUAAACUUGGCAAUAAUACCCAGAAAACAUUCACUUUCCUCGUUUUAGCUAAAGAAAACAUGUAGCUGCUUUCGAAACAAAAAAAUCCCCAUCUUGAAACUUUCACGUCGUUUUACACCCUUCUCCCUCUGCUUUUUAAUAUUUUAUUCAUUCAUUUUGUAUAUUUGCUCAUCUCCUCUCCCUGCCAAUGUAGUGGUAGAUGUUCAAUGAUCAGGAUUGUCUAUCUGUAGUCAGCUGAGUACAUAUAUUGAUCUGUGUCACUGUGUUAAUGCACUGGACCAACUAUUGUUUACCAUUCAUUGAAUACCAGCAAGAUAAGAAGAAGAAGACAAAAGAGAAUUAAGAUGAAACACUUGCACAAUGUUUUAGAAUGUCCAUAAAUAAUCCAGAGGAGAAAUCCAGGCAGCUGUUUUCAAAUCAAUACAUACUGUUUUCAAUGAAACUGAAUGGUAAACAAUGCUUUCUGUUGUACCCUUUAGCCUUUUUGCUUGUUUCCUUUACACCUACCUGUGUAUUUUCCUACUUUGAAAAUAAAUUCUGUAUUAUCUGUUUCAGGCUGUGUCACCUCUUAUUCUUUGCAAUGGAUAUUGAAAAUAAAUUCUAUAUCUGUU